ACAAGCUUGGAGGUUGCCUUUUAAAGGAAUUCGAAGGGUGUCAUAUCGUAACGUACAUCAAAAGCCAUCCGAAAAUUCUACGCAUAAUACGAAUUCUUUGAAAUAUUAUGGUAUAGCAACGACAAUAUUGGGAGUCGGUGUGAUAACUUUAUUUUAUGGUUUUCGAAGAAAAGGUCAACAAACGUAUAAUUCCUCAUCGUUGAACGAUAAUGAAGAGGAUGGGGGAAGGAACAAUACAAUUAUUAGGUCACCUAGAGAGGCGACAGCAAAAUUACGAGAAAAUCAAAUCUCAUUCUUAUUACAAAGGAGUAAUGGAAUAUGGAGGUACGAUUCUAAUCAAUUGGGAUCAAAUUAUCCAGUUGAGGAUAUGAAAAGUGAAGAAUUUGUGUUUAAUUCACCAAAAAGAAGCAAGGUUGAAAGUACAGUGGGAGAUAGGUUAUUCUUUGGUAUAUUCGAUGGGCAUGGAGG